AGCCAAUGGGAGCUCGGGGCGGGCCUGCCCUGCUCCCUCCGCGCGGGCGCGUGAGAACGAGCAGGCAGCCAGCCAGGCGGCCGGGCACCAUGGAGCGGGUUACGGGGCUACCAGUUCGAAUCCCGGCUCGGGCCCGGCCGCCGGCGAGCCUCGAAGAGGAACCUGACGACUGCCUCGACUACUACUAUCUGCGCGAUUUCCCGGCCCGUGGGGCGGGACGCAGCAAGGGCCGCACGCGGCGGGAGCAGCAGCUGCGCAGCCAGCGGCCGCUGCCGGCCGGCCACGAGCGCAAGAUCGCGCAGCGGCUUUUCAAUGGGCAGCGCAAGCGCCGGCAGCGCCAGCUGAAGCCGCGGCCGCGCACCCGCCUGGCCUGAGCCGCCCCGCAUCCCCUGCG